AACCUCACUUUUGAUUGUGACUUUUGCGAUAUAAAAUUUUGUUGUUGCAAAAAAGUCACAUUGUUAUUAUCCGACUAAAUUCACUAUAGUUUAGAUUAAUUACGUUUAAUAGCAGAGGAAAAUAUAUAUAACUGUUAAAUUAUACAUUUGAUUGCAUCGUUUUCUGGGUUUUCUGUAAUAAUUUUGACGUCACCGCGCAGUGAGCGGCGGAGUAGAGAAAAUGGCAGGAGCGAUAACUCGUUAUUUUCAUGUUCCAAAGAGACAAUUAGGACUCCUUGCACCUUAUUUAAAUGGCCAACAAACGAGAACACUUGCUGAUGCUGCUCCGGAAGGAAAGAAAUUCGGAAGUCCUCUGGCAGACCAGGACAGAAUAUUCACAAAUUUAUACGGCAGACACGACUGGCGAUUGAAGGGUGCCCUGAAACGUGGAGAUUGGUACAAAACAAAGGAAAUCUUGGAUAAAGGCGCCGACUGGAUUAUCAAUGAAGUAAAAGUUUCUGGUCUCAGAGGACGUGGAGGCGCUGGUUUCCCCUCGGGAAUGAAGUGGUCCUUUAUGAAUAAACCGUCUGAUGGAAGACCAAAGUAUUUGGUGAUUAAUGGCGACGAAGGAGAGCCAGGAACUUGCAAGGAUCGUGAAAUUCUACGUCACGAUCCACACAAACUUGUCGAGGGCUGUUUAAUCGCAGGACGUGCAAUGGGAGCGUGUGCCGCCUACAUUUACAUUCGGGGAGAAUUUUACAAUGAAUCUUCGAAUGUACAACUUGCCAUUGCCGAGGCCUAUCAAGCGGGCUUGAUUGGCAAAAAUGCUUGUGGUUCGGGUUAUGAUUUUGAUAUUUUCGUUCAACGUGGAGCGGGAGCUUACAUUUGCGGUGAGGAGACAGCUCUCAUUGAAUCGAUCGAGGGCAAACAGGGAAAGCCAAGAUUGAAACCUCCAUUUCCCGCGGAUGUUGGUCUCUUUGGUUGUCCAACUACUGUCACCAAUGUUGAAACCGUUGCUGUGGCACCUACGAUCUGCCGACGAGGAGGUUCUUGGUUUGCGUCAUUUGGACGACCUCGUAAUAGUGGAACUAAAUUAUUCAACAUUUCCGGUCAUGUAAAUAAUCCUUGCACUGUUGAAGAAGAAAUGUCUAUUCCUCUGAAGGAAUUGAUCGACAGGCACGCCGGUGGCGUAAUCGGAGGCUGGGACAAUCUUUUGGGUGUGAUUCCCGGAGGAUCUUCCACGCCCGUUAUUCCCAAGAGUGUUUGUGACACAGUUUUGUUGGAUUUUGAUGACCUCGUGAGGGUGCAGAGUUCUUUCGGCACAGCUGCCGUAAUUGUCAUGAAUAAACAAACAGAUAUAAUUAAGGCGAUUGCUCGUCUCAUUAGUUUUUAUAAACACGAGUCCUGCGGGCAAUGUACACCGUGUCGUGAAGGAAUUGGCUGGAUGUACAAAAUCAUGAAGAGAUUUAUCGAGGGAAAUGCAGAACCACACGAAAUCGAUAUGUUGUGGGAAUUAACAAAACAAAUAGAAUUACACACAAUUUGUGCGUUGGCUGAUGGUGCGGCUUGGCCAGUUCAGGGUCUCAUUAGGCAUUUUAGACCGGAAAUUGAGGAACGAAUGAAGAAAAAUAAGAGUGCAGCAUCUGUUUAAAGAAGAUGGAUAAAGUAGAAUAAAUAAUCCCUAAUUAAAAAUUACAUAAAAGCAUCUAGAGAACUGUAUUUAUUUUCAGUGUAUAUAGAGGAGACUAGAUAAAUUUUUUGAUUUCAUUUUUUACACCCACAAAAUAAUUAAUUAAUUAAUUAAUUCGCGUUUUUAGUCCUUCUUGGACUUUGAAUAUUAUUCCAAUUUCCGAGAAUUGAACGAAAAUUAUAGGAAUAUAUGUUUCUUUGUAAAAUGUACAGCAAAAUUAGUUUUAUUUAUCUUUAAUACAUUUAAGUAAAACAAA